CAGUCGCGUAGUCGCACACACAGCGCGCGCUCAGAACCGUGAAAAACUCACGGCAAUCCUGCUCACGCGAGAACUAACCGAAAACCAGUAUCUUCUGGCGAUCCGGCAGCAGCAGUAGUAGUAAUCGCCUUUCCACCCGGUGCGGUAGAAUUCGAUCCGGGAAGGUGGCGCGUUAUCAUCGACACAAACGGCGGCGGCGGCGGCGAAGGCAGGUGUGAAGAAAGCGUUAUCACCAAAAAAAAAACAAGAAGAAAGAAAAAAGGGUAGGAAAAAGUGAUUUCUGCUGCACGUCGCGCGACGGUGUUAGUGACCAUGUGCGCCGCGCGGCGAUUGUGUGACGUUCCCGAAAUAGAAUCCGGCUGCGAGCGAUCCGUGGCCUGUUGAACUGUGCAUCGGGUAUCGGCGGAAACCCGCGCGGUUGGCGGUUGCAGACGGUGCCGGAUCCGAUUGUCGAUUGUCCCAAGUUGUAAUCUAAUCGGAGCGGGACCGCGUGCUGUACCCGAAACAUCUUAAAGUGACUUCCAGUAGCUUGAAAACAACUGUGAAUAGUUUUUAGCAAAACUCAAAAAAAACAAGUUUUCCAACAUCUUCCGAUUAUUAUGUAACGCCCCCCAAAAAGAAGUGAUCUAGCGUAAAGUUUAAUAUAUCCGUUUUAAACGAACAAAGAAAAAACAAUUUACACAGUGAAACCAAAGUGCGAGCACAACAAAACUAAAAAUGACACACGGUCCGCCGGCGCGAAAGCGUCCGCAGAAUGGUUCAACGACGGCUACGGCAGAGGGCGCCGAUGACAGCCGGGAACAGCACGACAGUGGCCUGCCGACGCCACCGGACGGUGGCUGGGGAUGGAUGGUGGUGCUGGCUUCGUUCUGCAUACACAUCGUCACGGACGGUAUGACCUAUUCCUUCGGCAUUUUCUACGUCGAGUUCCUGGACUACUUCAAGGAGGGCAAAGGAUACACGGCAUGGAUUGCUUCGAUUCUAGUUGGCGUCACCCUGUGCUCCGGUCCGGUUUCAUCCGCCCUCGUCAACCGUUACGGCUGCCGGGCGGUAACGAUUGCCGGUUCGGUGCUGGCUUCGGCCUGUCUGGCCGUUAGCGUCUACGCCAAAUCCGUCUUCACACUGUUCAUCACGAUCGGCCUCGGAACCGGGCUGGGCCUCGGUCUGAUCUACCUGCCGGCCAUCGUCAGUGUGACGAUGUACUUCGAAAGACUGAGAUCGCUGGCCACAGGAAUUGCGGUUUGUGGCUCCGGGCUCGGAACGUUUAUCUUCGCACCGGUCACCGAAAUGCUGGUGGCGAAUCUGGGCUGGCAGAAUGCUCUGCUGGUGAUGGCGGUUAUUGUUCUAGGGACUACGAUUUUCGGAGCCAUGUUCCGACCACUGAAAGCGACCGAGCAACCUGUUGAAGCGGGCAACAAGGCUGAACUGCAACAUUCCAAAGCAGAAUCUAUUACCAAACUAAACAACACCAUCGAAGAGGAGGAACAGUCCAUGGUCCGCUCGCAGAGCUUCGGAAGUUCGCCGAAAAUUGCGUCCAACACCAAUGGUCACUCGAAGAGUGGCAACAGCCUAAACCGCAAACUAAGCCAAGACGAAGGAGUACUGAGUCAACCUUUGGUCUCGCAACCAGCGACGUACGACCAGGUGGCGUUGAAACGAGCCGAAAGUGGUACCAUGUACCGAAAAGAUGCCCUCUAUACUGGAUCCGUACACAAUCUUGCCGCAUCUUCGCGCCAUGCUUCACUAGCUAGCUUACCUAGAGGUACUUACGGUUCAGUCGCCGGUGGCAAUCGAGCUAAGGAAGACGAAUCCGUCGUCUGCUGUGGAUGUAUUCCCUGUUCGCGGGAAACCGCCGAUACGCUGCAGGAAAUGAUGAACUUCUCCAUCCUGAAGGAUCCUAUUUUCAUUAUAUUCACCGUGUCGAACUUCCUUACGAGCGUUGGCUUUAACGUUCCGUACGUUUACCUAGCGGCUCAGGCCAACUCACUGAAUAUUGACACCAAACAGGCGAGUUACCUGUUGGGAAUUAUCGGAAUCGCCAACACCGUUGGACGUAUCAUACUUGGGUAUCUAUCCGAUAAACCCUGGGUUAAUCGACUGCUGGUGUACAACAUGUCCCUAACCAUUUGCGGUCUUGCAACUGCCUUCUCCGUGCUGUGCCUUGACUUCUACAGCCUCGCGACCUAUUCGGCCAUCUACGGUUUCACAAUCGGUGCCUACGUGGGUCUCACUUCGGUCAUUCUGGUCGAUCUGCUGGGGCUGGACAAGCUAACAAAUGCGUUCGGUUUGCUGCUCAUGUUCCAGGGUAUUGCUUCCUUCCUUGGUCCACCCCUUGCUGGAUGGCUCUACGACAUCACGCUGUCCUACAAUCCAGGUUUCAUCCUAGCCGGGGUGACGAUCGCCCUCAGCGGUUUCAUUCUGUUCUCCAUUCCCCCACUGCAGCGACAUUUGGGCCGAACAAUGGGAAACGCUCCUCCACCUGCUGCUCCGGCUGACAUUCCACUGCAAGAACGGUGAAUAGCAUUCUCUUCAGUGCCCCCAAGCCAAAGUUUAGAAAGAAAAAACAUGCUCAAAUAGUGUUGUAAUGCACACGUACACUCAUAAACACACACACACAAAAUGAAUUCGGAACCAAUACGCGCGUCAAAGAGGACGAUCAAGCGAUGAAAGCUUGUUGUGAUAGCUAAAUGAAUUUGUCCCCCUUCCCAUCUUAGGCUCAAAGUACCUAAACAAUUUAAACCAAAAAAAACAAAAGGUGCAUCGCCGCGCAAGGUAGCAGCAGUUGCAGGAAUUAGUUGUUACUCUAUUGUUCGAGCGUAGUUUGGUAGGUAUAUUUUUUUACAUAUAAUUAGAACGCAAGCGUAACCAAAUACGUAACACAGCUUCUUGCUCGACUCGAAAGGUGAAAGGGAGACAGAGCGAGGUUGUACUGUUAAGGAGAAUUGAAGUUUAGGGUAAAUUUUGUAUAUUAUAAGAACGGUGAGCGCGCGCGCGUGUGUGUGUUAUCUAUUGUUACAGUUCCAGCAAACUUUUUUUUUGUAAUUUUCUCUCGACUAGUGUACUUCAGGAACGACAGUGUGGAAGGGAAUGUCUGUGCUGAAGGUUUUAUUAGCCGCGAAUAAACAAUAGGCAAUUGCUAAGAUUAUAUAUCUUCUAGUGAGAAUUACAGCUAAAUUAGAAUGUUACUAAAAAUG